AGCUAUGCUGGAGAUGUUUUUGGUUCUGUUCAGGGUGUCCCUGUACUCAGCCAUGGCCCUCCUGGGUCUGCUCUUCCUCCUGUGGGCUGACAUUCCACUCUGAACCUCUCUGGGCAUCUCUGUGCUCCAUCUCUCCGUGGUAACUUCACCUGGUCCUGACUUGCACUUCGAGCUUGUCCUGGGCCUGCAGGUCAGCGUGCUCUUGUCUGAUGGCCAGCAGUGCUGGUGGGCCCUGGCUGCCAUCCCUGGGCUGCUCUGCUCUGCUCUCCUCCCUCAGGUAGCACAAGCUGGCUCUGCGCAAUGCCUUGCGUUAUUUCCCACCUGAAAUCCAGAAGAAGCUGGCACCAGAAUUUGCUGAGGAGCUGAGGCUGUAUGGCCACAUUUACAUGUACAGAUUCUGCCCAGAUAUUGAGAUGAGAGCUUACCCCAUAGGAGAAUACCCUUGCAAGACCAAAUCAGCUGCUGCCAUCAUGCUGAUGAUCAUGAAUAACCUGGAUCCCUCUGUGGCUCAGUUUCCUCAGGAGCUGGUCACUUAUGGAGGAAAUGGUCAGGUCUUCAGCAACUGGGCACAGUUCUGGUUGGUAAUGCAGUAUUUGUCAGAGAUGACAGAAGAGCAGACACUGGUGAUGUACAGUGGGCAUCCCCUGGGGCUCUUCCCCAGCCACCAGCGUUCUCCUCGUUUAGUCAUUACCAAUGGCAUGGUUAUUCCCAACUAUUCCUCCAGAGAUGAAUAUGAGAAGAUGUUUGCUUUGGGUGUAACAAUGUAUGGCCAGAUGACUGCAGGGAGCUACUGCUACAUUGGGCCUCAGGGAAUCGUCCAUGGCACUGUGCUCACAGUGCUGAACGCAGGCCGGCGGUACCUGAGGGCAGAGGACCUGUCUGGGAAGGUGUUUGUCACCUCUGGCCUUGGAGGGAUGAGCGGGGCCCAGGCCAAGGCUGCAGUCAUUGCUGGCUGUGUGGGCAUCAUUGCAGAGGUUGAUGAAGCAGCGCUUCUGAAACGCCACAAGCAGGGGUGGCUGAUGGAGAUCUCUAACAACCUGGACCACUGCAUUGCUCGCCUUAGAGAAGCAAGAAAGAAUAAAAUUGCCCUCAGUCUGGGUUACCAUGGGAAUGUGGUAGAUCUGUGGGAGAGGUUGGUGCAUGAGCUGGACACAACAGGAGAGCUGCUGGUGGACCUGGGCUCUGACCAGACCUCCUGCCACAACCCAUUCAAUGGGGGGUACUACCCAGUGCAGCUCAGCUUUGAGGAAGGGAAGCAGCUGCUCUCCUCCAACCCAGGGAAAUUCCGGACACUGGUACAAGAGAGUCUGAAGAGGCAUGUGGCUGCCAUUAACAAACUAGCUGAUAAGGGCAUGUUUUUCUGGGAUUAUGGCAAUGCUUUUCUCUUGGAAGCUCAGAGAGCUGGUGCUGAUGUUACAAAAAAAGGAGCAAAUAAGACAGAAUUUCGAUAUCCUUCCUAUGUUCAGCACAUCAUGGGGGACAUUUUUUCCCUGGGAUUUGGGCCAUUCCGCUGGGUUUGUACCUCAGGUGACCCACGGGACCUUGCUACCACUGACUCCAUUGCCAUGGCAGUACUGGAGGACUCCAUCCGCCAGGGAGUGAGCACAUCUGUGAAGCAGCAGUACCAUGACAACAUCCGCUGGAUUCGGGAAGCCGGCAGGCACAGCUUGGUCGUUGGCUCUCAAGCCAGAAUCUUGUAUUCUGAUCAGAAGGGUCGUGUGUCCAUAGCUGUGGCUAUUAACAGAGCCAUUUCUGAAGGGAAGAUUAAGGCUCCAGUGGUCCUCAGCAGAGACCACCACGAUGUGAGUGGGACUGACAGCCCUUUCAGGGAAACAUCCAACAUUUAUGAUGGAUCAGCCUUUUGUGCAGACAUGGCAGUGCAGAACUUCGUGGGAGACGCGUUCAGAGGAGCCACCUGGGUCGCGCUGCACAACGGGGGCGGCGUUGGCUGGGGUGAAGUGAUCAAUGGGGGAUUUGGCCUGGUUUUGGAUGGGUCCAAGGAAGCUGAAGAACGAGCUAAGAUGAUGCUCAGCUGGGAUGUUUCCAAUGGAGUCGCCAGGCGCUGCUGGUCGGGCAAUGCCUUUGCUUAUGAAACCAUCUGCCAGGCCAUGAAGGAAAACGGCUCCCUGAGGGUGACCCUCCCUCACCAGGUGCUGGAUGAGAACAUCCUGGAGCAAGCCCUGAAGCUUUAGUGGUACUCCAAGUGCAGUGGUGCUCCUGCAGAUAUAUUUGAUGUUGAUUCCUUGAUGGCUUGUUUUGCUCUCUGGCCAAAUGAUAAAAGCCUUGCAAAUGUCUGUUCCGUGUGAGUUUUUUUUCCUCUCUAACUUAUUAAUGGGACAAAUCUGUUUGUGACAGGUCUACCAGGAACAGUCUUUUCACUGACACAUUUGGAGAAAUGUUUGCAGUAACUGUUCAUGAUGGGAAAAGAAUGGGAUUUUUUUUUUCCCUAAAAAUUAAAUGGGGAAAGAAUUCCUCAACAACA